AUGAAGGGUCGAAUAUUAAAUGUGUUUUGUUACGCGUUUUUUGGAGUAGCGGCGAUGGUUUGGAGAAUCGAGGCGGUUUCUAUUGAUUUUUAUAAUCCAAUGCGUAAUCAGUUUCCAAUUUACACGGAACAUCAUUCGGGACGGUUUUUGCACAUAACUGAUAUCCAUAUAGAUCCUUACUACACUUUUCGAAGUGAUCCCGAGAAUAAAUGUCAUAGUGCUUCACGAAAAUCUUUACACAAUACUGCGGGUAAAUUUGGUGCCCUCCACUCUGAAUGCGAUACCCCAUACACGUUGACCAAUUCGACAUUUGAUUUUCUCAAAAAGAAUUUUUCGGAUGUUGAUUUUGUAAUAUAUACCGGGGACACGUGCAGGCAUGAACGUGAUCCAAAUCUUCCACUGACAAAAACAGAUGUCUUAUCCAGUCAUCGGAUCUUGGUGCAAUGGUUUACUGAAUAUUUUGAUGUACAAAGAGUUAAGAUUAUUCCAGCCAUAGGAAACAAUGAUGAAUUUGAACACAACCAACUUACUGUUGGGCCGAAUUCCCUACUUUCUAACCUUACCGAGAUCUGGGCACCUCUCCGUCUAAACUUGACAAACGAUUUCUACGUCGGUGGAUAUUUUCGACAGGAUAUCGAUUCUCAAUUGAGUGUCCUCAGUCUGAACUCGAUGUACUUGUACAAGUCAAACCUUAAGAUUAAAGAUUGCAAGUGUAAAAGGUCUCCAGGCGCGAAACAAUUGAUAUGGUUCGAAACUGAGUUAAAGAGUGCAAGAGAGGAGAAUAGAAAAGUUUAUGUGUCUCAACAUAUGGCUCCGUUAGAUUCUUCAGGUGAGCCGGCUUACUACCCAACUUGCUUUAAACAAUACGUUCAGUUAAUCGGUGACUAUUCAGAUGUCAUCUACGGGCAUUUCACAGGACACACCAACCAAGAUACGUUGACGUUUGUAUCGUCCCGAAAAGAUCUUAGAGAGGAUUAUCAUUUGACCCUUCUUACCGACGAGAGAGAGUACCCCAGUUCAGACAAUAAGGUUGUUUUGGUGCUCAAUAAUGCUCCAUCAAUUAUUCCAGUUAACAACCCAGCUGUUCGAGAAUAUUAUUACUCCACCGAUGAUCAAGACUUUGGGGUUCUGCUUAACUACCACCAAUAUUUUACCAAUCUUACCGAAGCAAAUAAUCUCGGCGAGGUUCGUUGGUACUUGGAAUAUACGGCCAACGAUCAUUUUGGUAUAUAUCGUUUACAGGGAGGUGAUUGGGAGAAAUUGUUCAAGAGAUUCAAGAAGCCUGAUCUAGAAUUAUGGGAGAGAUACAUUAAAUAUAUUGAAGUCAGUAGACGCCACUAA